CACAGAUAAUAAUAAUACAAAGAGAAAUUUGGGAGGAAAAAAAAAAAGGGAAGAAAAAAUGAAUUCCCUCGCCACUCGAUCCCUUAAAUCGAAAUCCUCCCUCUUCGUUCUCUCCAGAUUCACCCAAUUUUUCUCCACCACAACCACGCCAUCUCAGCCUCAUUCCGAUUCUCAGAAUUACCCUCCAACCCUCGAUGGCUUGCGCCGCCGCCUCGCCGCCGAAUCGCCGACGCUGGGCGAAUUCGUCCAGCUUCAAUCGGACCAGAGUUAUUCUGUGGAGGUGGGCACCAAGAAGAAGCCAUUGCCGAAGCCUAAAUGGAUGAAGGAAUCGAUCCCCGGUGGGGAGAAGUACACGCAGAUCAAGAAGAAAUUGAGGGAGUUGAAAUUGCAUACUGUUUGUGAGGAGGCUAAGUGCCCUAAUUUGGGCGAGUGUUGGUCUGGAGGUGAAACGGGAACCGCCACCGCCACGAUUAUGAUUCUUGGUGAUACCUGUACUCGUGGCUGCAGGUUUUGCAAUGUAAAGACAUCACGCACUCCACCUCCUCCCGACCCUGAGGAGCCCACAAACGUUGCUGAAGCAAUAGCUUCGUGGGGUUUGGAAUAUGUGGUGAUAACGAGUGUUGAUCGGGAUGAUUUACCUGAUCAAGGAAGUGGACAUUUUGCGGAGACUGUACAGAAGUUGAAGAUACUGAAGCCAACUAUGCUUAUAGAAGCCUUGGUUCCUGAUUUCCGAGGAGACUCUGGCUGUGUGGAGAAAGUUGCCAAAUCAGGAUUAGAUGUUUUUGCGCACAACAUUGAAACCGUCGAAGAGCUUCAGAGUGCAGUUCGUGAUCAUCGUGCUAACUUUAAGCAAUCAAUGGAUGUUUUAAUGAUGGCAAAAGAGUUUGCCCCACCAGGAACACUCACCAAAACUUCGAUAAUGUUGGGGUGCGGAGAAACACCGGACCAAGUAGUGAAAACUAUGGAGAAAGUGAGGGCAGCUGGCGUUGAUGUCAUGACACUCGGUCAGUACAUGCGACCAUCAAAGCGUCAUAUGCCCGUGUCGGAAUACAUUACUCCUGAGGCUUUUGAGAAGUACCAAAUUCUCGGCACGCAAAUGGGAUUCCGAUACGUGGCAUCGGGCCCCAUGGUGAGGUCAUCGUACAAGGCUGGUGAAUUCUAUAUCAAAUCCAUGAUAGAAUCAGACCGUGCUUCAUCUUCUUCUGCAUAGAUCCAAAAGAUCAUUUUCAAGAUUUCGUAACCAUUUCAUUCGUUUGUGAAGAGGGCCUUUCAUUUGUUUCAGUUGGCGCCUCAUUUCACCACGGAAUAAGAAAAUCAUAUUCUGCUUACUUUCUUUUCUAAGCAAAUCGGAGUGAUGUUUAAAAGUAGUACGGUGUAGUUGUAUAUUUAUUUUUUGGUGUAAAUUGCAAUUAGAAUAAUUGCUGUUUUUAUAACUUGAAUCAAUGAAUGGUAUAACAAGAUGGUUGUGAUCUUCAAGUA